AUGAUUUUAUUAUAUCAAAUGAUGCAUUUCAUUUUAUUUGCUUCAGUAUCUGGUGAAUGUGUGACUAAACUCUUCAAAGAUACCUACUUUAAAGGAGGAGACAUAACUACUGUUUUUGUACCAAGUUUUAAGUAUUGCCAACUAGUCUGCACCCAUCACCCAAGAUGUUUGCUCUUCACUUUUAUGGCUGAAUCGUCAUCUGAAGACCCUACAAAAUGGUUUUCUUGUGUUCUAAAAGACAGUGUUACGGAAACACUGCCAAAGGUAAAUAUGUCAGGAGCAAUUUCUGGAUACUCUUUCAAACAAUGCCCACACCAAAUAACUGCUUGCAACAAAGAUGUUUAUGUGGAUCUAGACAUGAAGGGUUUGAACUAUAAUGCCUCUAUUACCAAGUCUGCUCAUGAAUGUCAAGAGAGAUGCACAAAUGACGUCCAUUGUCACUUUUUUACAUAUGCCACAAGGAGAUUUCCCAGCGAGCAGCAUCGUAACAUUUGUCUAUUGAAGUACUCCCAAACUGGGACACCAACCAGAAUAACGAAGGUCAAUCAAGUGAUAUCUGGCUUUUCAUUGAAAUCCUGUUCCCUUUCCAACCUGGCUUGUAUUCGGGACAUGUUCCCUGGUACGGGGUUUGCAGACCAUAACAUUGACAGUGCGUUUGCUCCAGAUGCUUUUGUCUGCCGUCGCAUUUGUACUCAUCAUCCCAAUUGUUUAUUUUUUACUUUCUUUUCCAAAUUAUGGCCAAAAGAAUCUGAAAGAAAUCUUUGUCUCCUGAAAUCAUCUGAUAGUGGAUUACCGAGUACACGCUAUAAAAAGAGCAAUGCUUUCUCAGGUUUCAGUCUACUAAACUGCAGGCACAGCAUCCCAGUGUUCUGUCACUCAUCAUUUUACCAUGACACUCAUUUCUUGGGAGAAGAACUUGACAUUGUUGAGGUGGAAGGGCAUGAAGCCUGUCAGAAAAUGUGCACUAAUACCAUACGCUGCCAAUUUUUUACCUAUUCCCCAUCUCAAGAACCUUGCAACAAAGGGAAAGGUAAAUGUUACUUAAAACUUUCUUUGAAUGGAUCCCCAACUAAAAUUCUUCACGGGAAAGGUGGCAUAUCAGGAUACACGUUAAGAUUAUGUAAAAUGGAUAAUGACUCUGUGUGUACAACCAAAAUAAAUCCCAGAAUUGUUGGAGGAACAGCAUCUCUUUAUGGUGAGUGGCCAUGGCAGAUAACUUUGCAAGUCAUGUCACCCAUCCAGAGACACCUGUGUGGAGGCACCAUCAUUGGGAACCAGUGGAUAUUAACAGCUGCUCAUUGUUUCGACGAGUUAAAUUCACCUAAAAUUUUACGUGUCUAUGGUGGCAUUUUAAAUCAAUCAGAAAUAAAAGAUGAUACACUUUCCUUUGGGGUUCAAGAAAUAAUAAUUCAUGAUCAAUAUAAAAUUGCAGAAAGUGGGCAUGAUAUUGCCUUGUUGAAACUUGACACGAUAAUGAAUUAUACUGAAUACCAACGGCCCAUAUGUCUACCUUCAAAAAGUGAUCGAAACAUCAUAUAUACUGAUUGUUGGGUGACUGGAUGGGGCUACAGAAAAUUACGAGGAAAAAUAGAAAAUACUCUCCAGAAAGUUAAAGUUCCAUUGGUAACAAAUGAAGAAUGUCAAACACGAUACAGAAAGCAUAAAAUAACCAAUAAGAUGCUCUGUGCUGGCUAUAAAGAAGGAGGAAGAGACGCUUGUAAGGGAGAUUCUGGCGGCCCCCUAUGCUGUAAAUAUGAAGACGUCUGGCAUUUGGUGGGUAUCACGAGUUGGGGUGAAGGCUGUGCCCAAAAAGGGCAGCCAGGCGUUUAUACUAAUGUGGUUGAGUAUGUGGACUGGAUUUUAGAGAAAACUCAAGCAGCAUGA